GGAAAAUUGCAGCUUCUUCUGCUCUCAUUCCCAUUUCCCACUAUCCUUUCUUCUUCUCUUGUUCACUUUUGGUGUCAUUAUUAUUCACGUAAACAUAUACAUAUAUAGAGAGAGAGAAAGAAAAUAUAUAAAAAGACUGGAAAAAAUAAUAAGAAUGGAGGAAGAGAGAACAUCAAAGUUUAAGAGGAUUUGUGUAUUCUGUGGAAGCAGUUCUGGCAAGAAAAGUAGCUACCAAGAAGCUGCUAUUGACUUGGGUAAAGAGCUGGUGGAGAGAAGAAUAGAUUUAGUGUAUGGAGGUGGAAGCAUUGGUCUCAUGGGUCUUGUUUCUCAGGCUGUUCAUGAUGGUGGCCGCCAUGUUCUUGGAGUGAUUCCAAAGACUCUUAUGCCCAGAGAGUUAACCGGUGAAACUAUUGGAGAAGUGAGAGCAGUGUCUGGUAUGCAUCAAAGGAAGGCCGAGAUGGCCCGGCAAGCUGAUGCCUUCAUUGCCCUUCCUGGUGGUUAUGGUACCCUUGAAGAACUUCUUGAAGUCAUUACAUGGGCUCAGCUUGGUAUCCACCAGAAACCAGUGGGGUUGUUAAAUGUUGAAGGUUACUACAAUUCCUUAUUGUCUUUUAUUGAUAAGGCCGUUGAUGAAGGCUUUAUAUCUCCAACUGCACGUCGCAUAAUCGUGUCUGCUCCAACAGCUAAAGAGUUGAUCAGAGAACUUGAGGAACAUGUACCAGAGAAGGAUGAAAUUAUAUCAAAAUUGAUUUGGGAGGAUGAAAUUCAGAGAUAUAAUUAUACGCCCGAAUCCAGUGUACCUACGUAAAAAUGUGUUUCUGUUCUUUUGCUCCUUUGGGAUUUAGAAAUUCCAGUAUACAUAGUAGUUUGUGCAUUGCCAAAGGUCUUUGCAGUAAAGAAACUCUGCUCUCUUUUUUAUGCCAUUAGAAAUGACUUAGUAGUUCUAAUAUAUAUACACAUAUCCGAGAGAAAAAAAGAAGAAAAUAUCAGUUUUUGUGGA